ACAACUCUCUCGUGUUCUCUUUCACUCUACGGCCAACAGCGUCCAAGUGUGGCUGAGACGGCGAACUUUGUUGUUGUGGCAUAAAAGAAGCUAGAGUGUUGGAGAUAAAAGAAAAAUCACGAGAAAAGCAGUCAGCGUAGUUCAGGUUUGGCGUAGCAAAUUCGUGUCUUUCCAGUCCUUACAUCGUUUGCUAUCGAAACCACGCAGAGAUCGACAAAUUACCUCGGUUGCUUCCUCGCAUUAUCUUCGAGACAGCAAUGGCCGAAAUCCGUGCAAUGGAACAUCCUACCCUGAAGGUACCGUAUGAAAUUUUGAAUAAACGCUUCCGAAUCGCUCAAAAAACUUUGGAUCGCGAAUUGAGUCAGAUACAGAAUGUAGCCUCCGAGCUGGAGAAGGGACUGACGGAAGGAUCCGACAGUACGGAAAUAUCGCGUCUUCUUGGCGGGGUUGUCGAACGGCUGCAGGUGCUGAAGCGCAAGGCCGAAGAAAGUAUCUCCGAGGAGCUGUCGGCCGGGUUUGUCUGCAAACGGCGGCUGGAGCAUCUGAAGCAGAACGUCAAUCCGCCAGUCGAUGCCACCACGCUGGAACUACAAGCAGCUGCCACGAACCAGUGGAAGAAGAUCCGGCUGGACCGCAUGAUCGUGGAGCAUUUCCUGCGUCUGGGAUACUACGACACCGCGGAACGAUUGGCUGAGCGCAGCGGAAUCCGCGAUCUGACCAACCUGGACAUCUUCCAGGUGACGCGCGAGGUGGAGCGCGAUCUGGUGAACCGUUGUACGGUGAAGUGCAUCGCCUGGUGCAAUGACAACAAGUCGAAGCUGAAGAAGAUAAACUCCACGAUCGAGUUCCAGCUGCGCGUGCAAGAGUUCGUCGAGCUGAUCCGCGACGAUAAGCGACUGUUGGCGGUGCGCCAUGCACAGAAGUACUUCCCGGCGUUUGAGCACGAGCAGCUGAAGGAGAUACGCCAGUGCAUGGCACUGCUGGCCUUCCCGGUGAGCACGGAGAUCGAACCGUACAAAACACUGUUCGAUCCGCAGCGCUGGCACGAUCUGGUGCUACACUUCCGGCUGGAAAACUAUCGGCUGUUUCAGCUGCCGGCCCAGUCGGUACUGAGUGUGGCCGUACAGGCGGGCAUUUCAGCACUGAAAACGCCCCAAUGCUAUUCGUACACAUCCAAAAACAUGAACUGCCCGGUAUGCCAGGAGAAUGUGAACAAGAUAGCGGAGAAUUUGCCGUUCUCGCACUGUGCCCAGAGUCGGCUGAUUUGCAGAAUUACUGGGAAACCGUUGAACGAACACAACCUGCCGAUGAUGCUGCCAAAUGGACAGAUCUUUGGUCAGCAAGCGAUUGAGCAGAUGCGUCGCGAGAACGACGUACUUGUCUGCCCCAAAACAAACGAAACGUUCCGUUCGCCAAAGAUUGAAAAGGUGUUCGUGAUGUAGUAGCAUCGCCGGUACAUCCUCCGAUCGAGCAGCAUAUAUACAGGACUGGUGGAAGAUCAACAUCAAUCUGCAGCAAGAACGUUAAUAUGCUACGUAAGCGAGUUUCUUCACAGUCCGUUUGGGCUUUUUUUUUCCUCUUCUUUAAUACGAAUUAUUUAGAGUUAGUUAUGUAUCGGAAGGAUGAGUACGGUCCCACGAUAUUCUUUUAUCUUGAAUUGUUAUGAAUUUUUAUUUCGCCCCUUGUUCAUGAAAUUAUCCCCCAACAAUAGCAACCAGGCAAACGACAUGAUCGAUUAAUGAAUGCACUAGAAGCCUAGUCGAACCAAAAACAUGAUAAUCUUACCUUUUAAAUGCGUUUAUUGAUUUCAUUAUCUGCGUUUCUGCGAGAAUCACAAUAUGGUCUCUUUUUUAUUAUUAAUUUGUUAUGUUGCAUGUUCGAUGCUCUUGGUUUGAGAAGAAAAGAGAAAUACCAGAAAACAACACCCGCUCGCUAGCAUAUGAAUGCAGUCGAUUAUCGCAGCAUUGUUUUGUUUUUUUUCGAUUCCUUUUUUUUUAUAACAUUAAUAAUAUUAAGCAAAAAAAUGUGUGAUCAUCUCUCAGCUACGAAUAAGAACAUUAAUUUCCCACACUUGU